AUGCCACACAAGGAUCGAGUGCCGGGAUGGCGUCCUGCCACGCUUCGCAGCAUUUACUUGGGCUCGCUGGCUGGGCUCAUGCUAACGAUGUUGAUCACGAUAGCAGGAAUUUACCUGGGUAGUGCUGCGAGAGGCGGACUCGCGAUCUUUAGCUCGACCGAUGACAUCGCUACGGCGCAACAAGUGGCAUACACCUAUGUGCCCAUGGUGAUGGGUGUCAUAAUAGGUGUCAUGUGGUCCUUCACCGAGUACGAUGCUCUUCGACUUGAGCCGUACUUCCUAUUAUCAAAUCCCAAAGGCACUUCAGCUGACGUACUCCUUCUCAACUAUGUUUUCGGUCAUUUCACGACGACUCCCUUUAAGGCCGCCCGCAACCGACAUUGGGUGGCUCUUUGCGUGUCAAUCCUGAGUAUCUCAUUGCAGUUGAUACUCCCAGCAGUCCUCGGUGGCCUUGUCAGCGCAGAGGUAGUCUCGAUGCAUCUCCCGCAAACACUAAAAACGUGGCCCAUGUUUAUCAACCUAGACACGCAUGCAUACUGGACGUUUCACAAUGCGGUGAAUCAGUCCCUUGCGAUCAACCGUGUCCAUUCGGCAAGCGAUAUAAUUGGAUCCAGACGAUAUGCGAUGCCUCCGGUUCAGACAUAUUGGAAUAGCAGAUCCGAGGAUGACAUGUGGAGGCUGAACCAAUCGGUCUAUUGGGCCGAUGUAUCGUGCGCCUACGUCGAUGGCGAUGGUUUAUUGGCGAGUCUGUCACGUCUGGAGGGGGAUCAGGAAGCGCUGCCUCUAUCUGAGCUUCUCCUCUCCGAUCAAAGCGGUAGUCAACUGGCAGAUGUCGCCGGGCCUUUCGACACUUGUAUCGCGCGGUCCGAUCAAGAUGAAGAUAUAGACACUCCCCAGAUACAAUAUUGGAAGCUACUACAAUGGAACGAGAAUCCAAAGCUCUGUAGGCAAUUCAACCUAGUCGGCGUGGCGGUACAUGCGAACCAAGCGGUAUUCAACGCACAACAUGGUUCCAACAAGUCCUCAGACUGGUUCAGUCCAUUUGGGUGCAGCGUCAAUUAUAUGACGGCCGACGCAGAGAUCACAUUAUAUGCGAAUGGCUCAGUCGCUUUGGUCGAUGUACAAUCAGAUACCACCAAGGAUCUGUCGGAGACUGGCUUUGAUACAGCAAAGUUUAGCAGCUCACUACUACGCAUGGCAGUCGCUUCCAACAAUAUAAACGAUCAGUACGGGAUGCUGUCCCAAGGCGAUGUAUGGUCCGAAGUUGACGCAGCCAUCAGCCAGUCCUUUGUCCCUUUGAUGAGCCGUACCUUUGACCUUCGACAAACUGUUCAUGUCGAGGGCAUCCGUAUUGUUCAGCGAGUCGCAUUACUGGUCCAACCGAGCAGUGUCCGCAUAUCGGCAGCGAUUCUAACGUUCGGAGUGGUGCUUGUUGCGAGUCUCCUCUAUCUGUACCCACGACGUCCAAACUUUUUGAGUGACAACCCUGCUUCGAUCGCAUCGAUGUGUUGCAUAGCUACCGAUGUCAUUGAUGCUACAAGCCUGGAGAAGCUGUCCCAGAUGGAAUUGGAAGUGUUAACGACCCGGCAGCUCCGGUCCCUUCUACGCACAGGCCGCUGUAGCUGGAGGGAAACUAGUCAAGGACAGCGUCUGGUAAUCUCUUUUCCUGGUGACUCCACUCCUCGAAGCCAACAGAAAUCUCGACGAAGGGCCGACCCUCCACCCCCUUUCCUCAUGAUCCCUAUCUUCAUUUUAGAAAUGUCCGCAUUCCUUGCCGCACUGGGAGGCAUGCUCGUUAUCAUGUCGAAGUCCUGGCAGUACGGGUAUUUCCCACCUUUGACUGAUAUCAAAGUAGACGACCUGAGGAGUUUGUGGAUGUUGCUCCCUCCCGCAAGUGCUGCUCUCAUACGCGGGUUGUAUAUCUCCGUAUACCAAAAUUUUACGAUUUUGGAGCCUUGGUUCAUACUUCAAAAGGGCAACGCAACUGCUCGGUCCUCCCUUUUGCUAGACUAUGGGUCUCAGAGCCCGUUUGCCGUGGCACUAAAAGGUUUCAAUCGUCGUUAUCUACUGCUUGGUCUUGUCUCCUUGACGUGUAUUCUCAACACGAUUCUGACUAUUCUUGCAAGCGCUCUCUUCGCGCUGGAAUACACCCCGAUGGCUACCGGGAACAUUGUCGAAUCGGAAUAUGACUAUCGAUCCUACACUGUCGGCCAUCACACUUGGAUCUUGGCCGAGGCCGAUCUUUUCCAGAGCAGCAUCUACACCGGCAUACCUAUACUUCCUUGGACCACUACAGCUCACUCUCUGCUUCCCGUGCAGUCGAACAUGACAGAAGACCAAUGGGCUACCGGUCCGUUAGUCGGCAUCGGUGCCAACCUAACGUGCCAAGCCCUUUCUGUGGCAAACGGGCAUGCUGAAGACAUUCUCUCCGGUCCGACCUACUGGCAAUAUUCUCCAUCCGGGCAUCCGAACACAACCUGUCGAGUCCGUGCGCAAGAAUCAGCCCUCGGUGGCUCGAAAGCGCCGUUCAGCGUUGACUUCAUCGCCCCGACCGAAUCAGACCAGACGCACCCCCUAUGCCGAAGGCCUGGCAUUCUGGUCGUUGCCCAGUUGAACGAGGCGGGCCUUGAUGAAGUCCCACCAGGCAACAUUGCCACCCUGUACUGCGAGUCUCGCGCUACGAUCCAAACCUUUCUUGCCACCUUCGACCUUCGCGGAUAUGUAGAGCACUAUGAUACUAUGAACGGAACCGCCAUCACGGAGGGCCCCAUGCUGGCGAAUAUCACUGCAAGCCUGGCUAAUUACAAUAGAGCAUUUGCGAAUCCACUUCAGUCGAAUCUCACCCACUAUCCCCCAAAGGACCGUCAUAAAAUACUGCAGAAUUGGUUCGGACUCUUGGCAGCCCAUGUGUACAAGCAGAAGAACACAAACAAUCUCACUGCCAUCGAUCUUGACAUCUUGAUCGAGGCGGCCACCCUAGUCUACCGGACAGUAUUUGCAACCGAUGUCUCGCUCCACCGUGACUUUCAUUUCAAUCGCCUGCCACAGCCCGUACGGAUUCCCGACGCUACUAUUUACGACACCUUCAUGUCCUUUAUUCCGGUUCGACCGGCUUUUGUCAUUGUCUUCCUCAUUAUUGCCUUCGACACAUUUGUCCUCAUGUAUGUAUUUGUCACCAGAAAGAGGAGGUUUGAUUUCCCCCGGAGUCCCCGAUCAAUUGGUUCAAUGAUUCCCUGGAUUGCCAAGAGUAAGAUGCUGGGCGACUUCCGAGACACUGCUUCGUGGAGCACAUCUGAACGGGCGACACAUCUGAUGAAGCUAGAUAAGAGGUACGCGCUGAUCAGGACGGACAUGGACAAUGGGAAGCGGACGUAUGCACUGGAUGAGGAGCCUCGUGUUACAGGAGAGUACGGCGUCCAUACCCCCUCCAAAGGACCUGUUGUACAGAAUGCGCCCGUCCAUAGCGAUAUUUAA